AUGACGCUGGAAGACUUUGAGCGAGAGCUGGCGGAGAAUAACAGAAAAGAGAGAGAAAGAGAAGAGAGAGAGCAUGAAAGAUCGAGACGAAGACAUCGACACCGCAGUGACCGUGACCGCGACGAAGAUUCCAAGCACCGCUCCCAUCGACACCACCACCGGCAUCGCUCUCCGCAUGGUAGACAUGGCCGCCGAGAGGAGGAUGAAGACGACGAUGAAAGACGCAGGCAUAAGCGAUCUCGGCAUUCAACGAGCAACGGCGAGGAGAGAGAGCAUCGGCACAAACGACGCCAUCGAGACCGAGAUGGAGACAGAAACCGAAGCAGAAGUGCUGACAGAGAUAAUACGAAAGAAGAGCCACAAGAACCUGCUGUAGAAUCGGAGACGAGAGCUAAGCUUCAGAGGGACUCCUGGAUGGAAGGGCCUUCAGCUCAAGAUAUUGAUUAUAUACACCGGCCAAAGGAGAAGCCACAGGAAACACCAGCAGCUCGGAUGCUUCAAGUCGACUUUGGGCAGAAAUUGCAUGAAAAAGAGCUGAAUCGCCAUCUUCUUGACGUUGCGGAGGACGCUGAUACUACACGGAAAAGUGAUCCAGUGGAGGUGGACUACACAUUUGGAGACGAGGGAUCACAAUGGCGAAUGACGAAACUCAAAGCGGUCUACCGACAGGCGAAUGAAAGUGGGAAAACAGUUGACGAAGUUGCUCUGGAACGAUAUGGUGAUCUACGAUUCUUUGACAAUGCCAGGGAAGAAGAAAUUGAACUCGACCGGAGAGAGAGAUACGGAAAGGAUUACCUUGGAAAGGAGAAACCCUCCGGGGAACUGUUUAAAGCCCGAAAGUUGGACAUGGAGCCAACUAGGAGAAAUGAUAGCGCAAUACCAGCCGCGGAGCUUGAACCCUCUGCACAAGGAGAACCGGUGAAAACAGAAUCAGCUCCGCGGGAGACCACAGCGCUAGAUGCUAGCGCUCUAAACAAGUUAAAGGCCCAGAUGAUGAAGGCGAAGCUAAGAGGUGCAUCGGAUGCAGCUGAGUUAGAAGCCCAGUACAAUGCAGCCGUUUCCGGAGCGGCAAACAGAAAAGAAGCGGAUAUCGUCGUCCUGGGGGUCAUGGACAAUCGCAUGUUGGCUGGGGGCAACCGGGCUGAAGUACGUGCGGUCGAAACCAAACGUGGUAGAGAGAGAGGCCAGGUAGAAGAAAAUGAGGAUAUGACCAUCGAAGAUAUGGUCCGUGAAGAACGCAGAAACCGCGGAGGCGCAGGAGAAGGGCAACGAUUUGCCGAAAGAAUUGCCAAAGAUGCUAAAUUUGAUAACGAUCUUGAUUAUAUGGAUGAGAAUGCUUCCAAGCUUGCGAAACGAGUCCACAAGUCAGAAAUUAACCUUAAAAACGCAUCAAUAAGUGAAUUCCAGAAGAUGAAUCGCAUUCUGGAUAACUGUCCCUUGUGCCACCACGAGGACACUGGGAAGCCUCCCCUUGCGCCGGUGGUAUCGUUGGGAACUCGUGUUUACCUCACCCUUCCAACGGAGCCUGAGCUAAAUGAAGGGAGUACAUGCAUCGUACCCAUCCAACACCGGACUAACCUCUUAGAAUGUGACGAUGAUGAGUGGGAGGAGAUCCGGAACUUUAUGAAAUGUCUAACAAGGUUGUAUCACGACCAGGGACGAGACGUUAUUUUUUACGAGAAUGCAGCCCGGCCCGGUCAGAAACGACACGCAGCCAUGGAAGCCGUACCAUUGCCGUAUAGUCUCGGAGAAACUGCCCCAGCGUUCUUCAGGGAAGCAAUUCUCUCCGCGGACGAGGAAUGGACUCAGCAUAAAAAGGUCAUUGACACACUUGCCAAAGCCCGACAAGGCGGCGGAAAGCUUGCGUUCCGCAACACACUAGCGAAGGAAAUGCCCUAUUUCCACGUUUGGUUUGAGCUUGAUGGCGGGUUAGGACAUGUGGUUGAAGACCCUAACAGAUGGCCAAAAGGGGAUCUCUUUGCUCGAGAGAUUAUUGGAGGCAUGCUCGACCUGGGCCCUGAGGUGAUCAAGCGGCAAGGGAGGUGGCGUAGCGGCACUGACAGAAGGGUUGACGGAUUCAAGAAGCGCUGGAAAAAGUUCGACUGGACUAGAGUAUUGACUGAGGAGUGA